UUUAAAUUAACAAAGGUCCUCUUGGUAUGCUAAUGAAGUAAAAUUGAGAUUAUGUGUUGGUUGAAAGAAUUAGACAAUGAGAAAAUAUCUCGGUAAUUUGAGGUCUAAAUAUUAGAUGAGAGUUUUUGGAGAAAAAAAGGUCCAAAAGUUCAAUUAACUCUACUCAAUUUCAUGGGUUGAACCUCAUCAACAAGUAUGUAGACUACAUAUAAUUAAAACCCCUAACAAAGAGUACUUAGAUGAUUCCGACUUCUUAAACACCUCGACUACAACCUUGUUGCUCUAAAUUCUCAUAAUAGAGAAACUUGUUUUGUUCGAAUAUUGGUAGCCAUCAAACCCACGGUCUAACAAGCUGGAUUACCUCAAAGUGUUCUACACAUCUUUUUAAGUAGGGGCGUGAGAUUGAUUUGGUUGUGGUUAAACCAAAUCAGAAAGAAAAAACACAAGUCUGUCCUUGAAACUGAAUCGAAUCAUUAAGGAGCUUGAUAAUUUCGGUUAAUUGAUACCCGUUAAGAGCUGUUAACAUAUUGGUUUGGUUUGGUUUGAUUUUAAGGAACUGGAAACCAAACAAGAUUAGGAGCCUUAAAUCCGCUUCGGGCCUUGUUUACUAAAAGCCCAGCAAGAUGGUCAGGUCCAACUUAGUAAAAUUAAAACUCUGCGGUUAGUUUUUCCCCACGGGCCCAAUAAGCUCUACGCCGAUAAUCAUGGAAAGCAUGAAUCUGUCUAAUAAAACGUGUGUUCAGCUUUUGGAUACGUCUCCUCCCUCCCUCGUUCUUUUCUUCUCCUCUGCCUUAAAUUCGCGAGUGAGGAUCGAUCGAGAGAAAGAAGAAGAAGAAGCAUUUCAUCAAUCACAAUCGACGCGAUUACUAUCUCCUCCGUCGGCGACUUACUCCCUCAUAUCCGGCCAAGAGAGAUAUAUCAGAAAUGGCGUCAACGUUCAGUGGCGACGAGACUGCUCCUUUCUUCGGCUUCCUCGGAGCAGCUUCCGCCCUCGUAUUCUCCUGCAUGGGAGCUGCCUAUGGAACGGCGAAGAGCGGGGUCGGAGUGGCGUCGAUGGGCGUGAUGAGGCCCGAGUUGGUGAUGAAAUCCAUUGUCCCGGUGGUUAUGGCUGGUGUGUUGGGUAUUUACGGUUUGAUUAUUGCCGUGAUCAUCAGUACUGGGAUUAACCCUAAGGCCAAAUCGUACUACUUGUUCGAUGGAUACGCUCAUCUUUCCUCCGGACUCGCCUGUGGUCUCGCGGGUCUCUCUGCUGGUAUGGCUAUCGGGAUCGUCGGUGAUGCUGGUGUUAGGGCCAAUGCACAACAGCCAAAGCUUUUUGUGGGAAUGAUUCUAAUCCUUAUCUUCGCUGAGGCGCUUGCUCUCUACGGCCUUAUCGUUGGUAUUAUCCUAUCUUCCCGAGCUGGACAGUCGAGAGCUGAGUAAAGAAGGAAGGAAAACUAAGGAGUUUCCAAUUGUUUGGUUGAUUGUAUGUUGUUAUUUAUUGGUGGAAAUUUGAUUUGGUAUUUCGUUAGACUCUGUUUUGGGUUUAGCUCUGUGGUUGGGUGUACUACUACCAGAUAGACUAGUUUAUUUCUAUCAUGGUAAAAGUGCACUACUUAGAUGUAUGUUGCUUGUUGCCAUUACAAGUUUAUUGUCUACGUGUUGCUCUCUUGAACUGGUUUUUGGCCUCCACGACUUGAUUAUGUCUCUUGUUAUUCGGAUUAUUUAGAUUUAUAAAUGUGUAUCUUGGAGUGACUAGUGCAACAUUUAUUUAUGCAUGGCUUUCACUGCGUAGAGUGGACGGGAAAAUACUUGGUAAUUCGAAAUUUCCCCUAAGCUUCAUGUCUUUAUGUGGAAAGCGAUAAGAGUUAUGUUAUCUGUCAUGGCUAUCCUUAAGACACGAGACAUCACAUUUGUUAACUUCUACAUGGUUUGUUGCCUUCGGGCUGAGUAGGGGUGGGCAUACGGUUCGGUAAAACCGAACUGAAACCGAAUUAUUGUUAUUUGGUUCGGAAUUCGGGAGAGAAAAGGGCAUAUUUUGGAAACCAGGGUCCUUUCGACCAAACCGAAUUUCCGAAUUCCGAACCGAAAAAACCGAAUUGUUAUAAUUGUAAGCUCCAAAUGGUGGAUUUUUAAGUUUCUACUUAUUAUGAGGCUUAAAUAUUUGAAUCAUGUAAUGUUUUAUGACUUAUGUGUUGAAAUGUUUGAUUUUAUCAUUCAUGAUGCCUAUUUAUUGUGUACAUUAGGGGUGAAAAAUAAUUUAAAAGAGAGAAGAUACAACCUAACCUCACAAGUUCGGUUUUGUAUGAAAAAUCGAACCGAACCGAUUUAUAAUUCGGUUUGGACCGACCGAAUUGAAUUAUAAUUUGGUUCGAAUUCGGUUUGAUGGAAUUCGGGGAUCCGGUAUGCAUUAUUUCGGUUCGGUUUGAACCGAACCGAUCUAAUGCCCACCCCUAAGGCUGAGCCAUCGGAACAUAUAUUUUUUAUAUGGCCAUUAGCUACUCGACUAUAGCAACUAUUAGAGUUGGAUACAUCCUAAAUCACGUCGUGGACUAAUGUAUUCUAUGCUCAACCCUCCCCAUAUUGUUUAAGUCGUUUGCUUACCGUGAAGAAUCUGGAAAUCCGCAACACAUUCGUUUUUGAGGAUACUCAAGUACCACCAUCCGUACUCCCUGCUCAAUUCGCUCACCAAAUUCAAGAAUUCUCAUCGACCCUUCCUCCUCCUCCUCCCUACAAAGUCUUGAAUUAUAUCUUCUCCUCCACUUAACCGCCUCAUACUCAACUUCGACAUUGUUGUUCAUCCUUAUCGAGACUGUACUAUGAGCUUGGUGGUGAAAUCCACAUUUGACCGUCAACGCCUCACUAUCGAUUUCAGCAUCCUGAGAUUGUGAACCCAUACAUGGCCGAACUGCUAGCUGCUAGAGACGGUAUGCUCUUGAUUCAUAACAUCAACCUCUAGGAGUCACAUUUACAGGAGAUUCUGAGGUCGUCAUUCACCAACUUCUCGAAGGGGUAGAUUCUAAUGUAAUUAGAGGACGAGUGCUCAGAGUGCUUGCAAAUGGUAGCUAUUUUAGACAUAAGUUUCAGAGUUUUGUGCUAAUCCUAGGACUGCCAAUUGUGUUGAUUGGUGAGAAAACAUAUUUCUUUGUCUAGUUUAGAGUUGCCUACCAUUUUUUUUCCUUUUAUUGUGAGAGGAGGUUCUAAAGUAGUCACUUUUUUCGUAUUAUAUUAUCAUACCUCGAUUAAAAAAGUAAAGAAGCACCAUGCCUCAUAAUCAAUGCGGUUCGAUUUUCACUUUGUGCAGCGUGAUCUACUAAACCUGGGGAGUACCU